AUGCCUCCCCGUCUCCGCCUCCGCCUCCGCCUCCUCCCGCCCUCCUCCCCGCCGCUCCUCCGCCGUCUCUACUCCUCCUCCGCCGAGCCGCUCAUCCGCGUAACAAACCUCCCCGCCGCCUCGUCCGGCCACAUCCGCGUCCUCGAGCUCAACCGGCCCAAGGCCCGCAACGCAAUCUCAAAGGCCCUGCUGGCCGACCUCGGUGCCGAGGUCGACCGCGUCCACGCCCAGUACGGCCGCGACGGCGAAGAGCUGCCUGCUGCUGCCUCCGCCGAGCUGGGCCCCACGAGGGCUCUUGUGCUGGCCAGUGCUGUUGAUGCUUGCUUUUGUGCCGGUGCUGAUCUCAAGGAGCGUCGUGGCUUUACCCAGCUUGAAACCGCCGACUUCCUCUCCAACCUGCGCGCAACUUUCACCUCCCUUGCCGACCUCCCCAUCCCCACAAUCUCGGCAAUCUCCUCCCUCGCCCUUGGCGGCGGCCUCGAGCUCGCCCUCUCCACCCACUUCCGCGUCCUCUCCUCCAACGCAACCAUAGGCCUCCCCGAGUCCCGCCUCGCCAUCAUUCCCGGCGCUGGCGGUACUCACCGCCUUCCCGCCCUCGUCGGCCUCUCGCGCGCCCGCGACCUCAUCCUCACCGGCCGCCGCGUCGCCGCUCCGGAGGCCUACUUCCUCGGCAUCGCUGACCGCCUCGUCGAGGUCGUCCCCGAGGAUGCCCGCCCCGGCGCACAAGGCCAGCAUGAGGCCGUUCGCCUGGCUCAGGAGAUUUGCGAGGGUGGGCCCGUCGCUAUCAGAGCUGCCUUGCAGGCCGUCGCGUGGGCGAGGCCGGAAAAGGAGGACGAAAUGUACCAGAGGGUCGUCGACACCGACGACAGGAACGAGGCUCUGAGGGCUUUUCAAGACAAGAGGAAGCCCGUCUUCAAGGGCCGAUAA